AUGGAGCAUCCUAGCGGCAACGGCACCAACGGUGCCAACGGAAACGGACACGCCAAGUUCUUCGAGGACUUCGGCGUCUGGAAGGACUCGCCUAUCCUCAAGGGCAGCACCAAGUUCGAGCCUCUUCCCGAUGUGAAGAACAUUAUGAUUACGGGCGGUGCCGGCUUUAUCGCGUGCUGGCUCGUUCGACACCUCACUCUCACCUACCCUAACGCCUACAACAUCGUCUCCUUCGACAAGCUCGACUACUGCUCCUCCCUCAACAACACCCGGGCGCUCAACGACAAGCACAACUUCACUUUCUACCAUGGAGACAUCACCAACCCUCUCGAGGUCGUCAACUGCAUGGAGCGAUACAAGAUUGACACCGUCUUCCACUUCGCCGCCCAGUCGCACGUCGACUUGAGUUUCGGUAACUCGUACAGCUUCACCUACACCAACGUCUAUGGUACCCACGUGAUGCUCGAGAGCGCGAAGAAGUGCGGCAUCAAGCGCUUCAUCCACAUCUCCACCGACGAGGUGUACGGUGAGGUCAUGGAUGAUGAUGAUGACCUUGUCGAGUCUAGCAUCCUCGCCCCCACCAACCCUUACGCUGCCUCGAAGGCCGCUGCAGAGAUGAUGGUACACUCGUACCAGAAGAGCUUCAAGCUGCCCGUCAUUAUUGUCCGCAGCAACAACGUAUACGGCCCUCACCAGUUCCCCGAGAAAAUUAUUCCCAAGUUCACCUGUCUCUUGAAUCGCGGCAAGCCCCUCGUCCUUCACGGAGAUGGCAGCCCGACCCGUCGCUACCUUUUCGCCGGCGAUGCCGCGGACGCUUUCGACACUAUCCUCCACAAGGGCGAGCUCGGUCAUAUCUACAACGUCGGCUCCUACGACGAAGUUGCCAACAUUGAUGUCUGUGGCAAGCUCUUGACGGAGAUGGGCAUCCCUCACGACACCCCGGAGGAGUUCCGCAAGUGGGUCAAGUACACGCACGACCGACCCUUCAACGACCACCGCUAUGCUGUUGAUGGUACCAAGCUCAGGAAUCUGGGCUGGGAGCAGAAGACGAGCUUCGCCGAGGGUCUCAAGAUUACAGUUGAUUGGUACAAGAGGUUCGGCGAGAAGUGGUGGGGCGAUAUCAGCCAGGUGCUCACACCCUUCCCUAUUGUCAGCGGCCUCAAGGUCGUCCCCGAUAACGAUGAGACGAUCACGGAUAGCCCUCAGGUAGACGCCUCUGCCCUCAAGAAGAGAAAGGUCGACGGCACGAGCGUAACGUCCACUUCCGCUUAA